CGGUGUUAAGGCUGGACGUUUGUUCUUCGGAACCCGAAUCGAAGCAAGAUAUUUGUUACCGUUCUCGAAUCGAACCGAACCAUUUGAAAUUCCCGAACGGUACUUUUUUAGAGAACCAAACUUACCAAAACCGAACUGAACCGAACAUGAUAUAAUAACCCGAUCGGUACAUAUUUUUGUAGAACCAAAAAAACGAACCAAAUACUGAAACGUCCACCCCCUCUCUCUCUCUCUAUAUAUAUAUCAUGGAAAGAAAACAUGUGCAAAAUCUAGGGCUCGGAGUGAAAAUUUUCUGCAGAUUUCGAUCUAAACACGAACAGAAGCAGAAGCUGAACUGAGCUGAUUGUUACCAGUUAGACUACACACUUCCUAAACCAAUUUUAGGACAGUGAAAGUGAGUAGCCUCACAUGGGAUGGAUGACCUACCUAUUCUAUCCUUAACUCACAUUUAUAGUUUGUACUCUCACCAUGCAUGAAUACACAUGCAUAUAUACAUAUACACACACACGCAUAUAUAUACGUAUAUAUAGAUUCACCAUGUGUAAUCCCAUACAUACCUGAGAAGAAGCAUGGAUCAAGAAGCAAAAGACAGAGUCUGUGUUACCGGUGCUUCGGGCUACCUCGCUUCUUGGCUCGUGAAACGGCUUCUCCUCGAGGGCUAUCACGUUACCGGAACAGUCAGAGAUCCAGGGAAUGAGAAGAAACUGGCUCACCUUUGGAAGCUGGAAGGAGCAAAGGAGAGACUGCGCUUAGUGAAAGCCGACCUAAUGGAAGAUGGAAGCUUCGAUGAUGCAAUAAUGGAAUGCCAUGGAGUUUUUCACACUGCUUCUCCUGUUCUCAAACCCUUUUCUGAUCCACAGGAGGAGAUCUUGAAGCCGGCUAUAGAGGGCACACUCAAUGUUCUGCGUUCAUGCAGGAAAAACCCAUCAAUAAGGCGAGUGGUUAUCACCUCUUCUUCUUCGACGGUGAGGAUCAGAGAUGAUUUUGAUCCAAAAGUCCCUCUCGAUGAAUCAUCUUGGACCUCUGUUGAGCUCUGCCAGAGCCUCCAGAUCUGGUAUGCUUUGUCAAAGACCUUAGCCGAGCAAGCUGCAUGGAAGUUCUGCCACGACAAUGGCAUCGACCUUGUCACUGUCUUGCCAGCCUUUCUCAUAGGACCGAGCCUGCCUCCGGAUCUUUGUUCCACGGCCUCUGAUGUCCUCGGUUUGCUGAAAGGAGAAACAGAGAAGUUCCAAUGGCAUGGAAGAAUGGGAUAUGUCCACAUAGACGAUGUGGCACGAUCCCACAUCCUAGUCUACGAGCAUAAGGCGGCUCAUGGCCGCUACAUCUGCAGCUCAACCAUAGUCGACCUCGAGGAACUAAUUUCCUUCUUGUCCACUCGCUACGCUUCUCUUCCCAUUCCCAAAAGGUUUGAGAAACUGAACAGGCUGCAUUAUGACUUCGAUACCUCAAAGAUUAAGAGCCUCGGGUUCGAGUUCAAGCCUCUUGAGGAGAUGUUUGAUGACUGUGUUGCAUCGUUCUUCGAGCAAGGCUACCUAUCUGCUUCCACUGUUAAACCAUAGACGGCAAUAAAAUGCAGGGUAGUGAUGGAGAGUGGUAUGAGAUAGUUGUAUCACUUGGAUGAUCAAUAAAACAAUGUAACCGGAUAAUAAUAUGUAGAAAGAGAUUACUC